GUUCACACAAACCCUAGAUUAGAAUACUCCCUUUCCCUUUUUCUUUUAUUCUACUUUUGACCCCCUUACUUUAAUAAAAUUUCAAUAUACUUUCCCUCCGGAGUGUGGUUUCCUCCAUGAAAUGGGAAAUGGAGGUGUAUGAAAUCGAAGCUGUGCUCGAGAAAAUCUGGGAUUUACACGAUAAGCUCAGCGAUGCUAUUCACUCCGUUUCUCGAGCUCACUUCCUCAAUUCCGUUAAGUCUCGUUCUAAGUCCGAUGACAACUUCUACAAUCACCGGUCUAAGAAGAAACCCGACCUAAAUUCCGAUGAAAACCCUAACAAUGGAGAUCAGGUGAAAACCGGCUAUGUUUUCGUUAAGGAGUUCCGUGUUGACGAUGAUGAUAACGCCGUUCAUGAGGCUAAGAGUCUCAACGCUAUUCGUACCGCUCUUGAACACCUUGAGGACCAGCUCGAGUUCUUCCAUACCGUGCAAAAUCAGCAACGUGCAGAAAGGGAUGCUGCACUUGCUCGCUUAGAGCAAAGCCGAAUUAUACUUGCAAUGCGAUUGGCUGAACAUCAGGGUAAGAACUAUAAAUUCAUUGAAGAAGCUCUAUCUUUGGUGGGAGACGUCCGUAAUGCCAGUCAGUUUGUUUCUCCUGAAAAUCUUUAUGGUCCUACUUCAAACCCCCCAGGUGAGAAUUUCAUGCGACAGAAGGGGAAGAGAUCAAAUGCUCUAUUCAAUAUACUCUUCUCUAGUUUUAAUUUCAUUAGGAAGUCUCUUAGAGUGGAUCAAGUGGGUGGAAUUUUGGGAAACGCGGCCCUUGUUGCAAUCAGCAUGCUUGCACUGAUGCAUCUGCAGCAAGCUGGUAGCAAGGAAAAAUACCUUUUGGACCUCCCAUUAGGACAAGAUGUCGGCUACAACAGAAAUAUGAGAAAAGUUUCUCAGCUUGAGGGGUCAUCUUCCGGUCUAAAUUUGGAUGUUUUGUCAGCCAGGGGCUGACACGUAAAAUAAAGUUGGUAUGAUGAGAAUAGCAGAGAAAGAGGUAUUACAUAACUGCUUCCACUUGGCUGCUGAAGUUUUGUUGAUUGAUGGGAGAGCUUUUGUUUUGGUGAUUGCUAUACGUGGUACGUUGAGAAUAGCGGGGAAAGAGGUAUUAGGUAACUGCUUCCACUUGGCUGCUGAAGUUUUGUUGAUUGAUGGGAGAGCUUUGUUUUGGUGAUUGUUAUAUGCUUAGUCAUGUACACCAACUUUUAGAUCUAUUAAAGCAGAAUGUGAGUUUGUGUUCAGUGGUGUUUCUCUUAAUUUCUGAUAAAAAGUGGAGUCUUGUGUAUAUAAGAUAGAAUGUCAACUGUGUCUUUAUGGAGUAUGAAAUUGUAUAACUCGAAGAAAGCUAACAAAUGAAGAAUUUUUGUUUGUCCCAAUUACGCCUAGGUUCUUAUUGUAGCCAAAGCUUACAAGGUGGAAACACCAAGUUUCUUAUGGUAGUCAAAUCAGACGGGUUAUAUUGAC